CGUACGCGUGCGCCGAGAACCCGGGGCUGUGUGGAGGGGAAGACCGGCCGUGAAGGCAGGGAGAUCACCUGUCGACGACGACGUCGCCAUUCGGCGCCAUGCAUGUGCCGUGCCUUAGGUGGAGCCAGUGGGCCGGCCGCCGACUCGCGCAGUACCCGCUCCGCGCCGCUCCGACACAGUCGCGCCACUUCGCCCGCUCGGCACCGCUCGCCAUGAUCAAGGUCGGAGACAAGCUGCCGGCGGCCACCCUCUUCGAGGGAUCGCCGGCCAACAGCGUCAACACGGCCGACCUUUGCAAAGGCAAGACGGUCAUCCUGUUCGGAGUGCCCGGCGCCUUCACGCCCGCCUGCUCCCAGGUCUGUCCGCUGGACACGCGAGGGUCAGCGUGGCAUGAAGCCCCGCACAGGGUCGGACGCGGCUGUGGUGAUCUCAACUAGUCGGCUUUGGGAGUU